AAGGUUGGCGUGUUGCUGUUUUCUUCACAUGGCGUUCAGGUGGUAUUGUUUCAUGGUGAUGUAAUCCUAUCAUCUGUGAAAAGUGGAGAGUGAACGGCUUUAUACAAACCAUGGCUAGGGGGGCCAACUGCAGCUGGAUCGGGCCUGAGAUCCCUCUGUCAUCUGAAAUGUUCCGCGCCAUUAAGGAUGAGUUAUGGCUCUUCAUCAUCCCAGCUGUCCUGGCUGUUAUUUUAGUGGGGUUGUUUCUAGAGGAAGUUGGCUUCUUCCUGCGCAACAUUCCCUCUUCCAGACGAAAACAAUUCUACCUGUGGAUAUUAGGAAUGUACCCGGUGUUCGCCUUGACCUCCAUGAUAGCGCUGUAUGUUCCACGCUCCUCCUCACUGUGUAAUUUCAUUGCUUCAUUGUAUCACUCGAUUACGUUGCUGAAAUUCAUGGGACUGAUCACUGACUUUUUUGGAGGGAAGGCUCGUAUGCUGGCUGCCCUCUCUGGACAGCAGGUAUCUCCAGAUCCUUUCCCAUGCUGCUGUUGCUGCUGUCUGCCCAUGGUGACGGUGAACAGGAGUAGCCGUAACUGGAUGAUGGCGGCCGUUCUCCAACUGUCUGUGGUCCGCAGCAUCUUGUUCUUUGUCACUUUAGUCCUGUGGACAGACGAACAGUACGACUACGGUGAUGUGGAUUCGGUCAAUCCCAACCUGUAUAUUAAUGGUAUUAUAGGCGUGUCCACCUUUGUGUCGUUCUACGGCCACCUCCUCUUUUAUAAAGCCACUAAGAGUGCUUUGCCUGGUUACGGACUGAGAGCCAAGUUCAUUUGUAUCAUCCUGGUGCUGGUGCUCUGUGGUCUGCAGAGCGGCAUCUUGGAGACCAUGGGUGCUCUGGAGGUCAUCCCCUGCACGCCUCCGUUCUCCGUCCUGACCAGAUCCCUGCUGAUCUACCAUUACUGCGUGAUUGUGGAGAUGUUCUGCAUUGGCCUGUAUGCCCGCCACACUUUUCGUAAGGUGGAGCCAAGUAUGGUAGAAGUUGAGGAAGGACCGGACAGAGGUUACCCAGUGGAAAAAGCUGUCCAGACAGAAAAUGUUCAACUGGAAGAUGAUAAACCUAGCACACUACCAGACCAGGUUUGGCCCCACUGCUGUACCACCGGUGCCUCCAAUGGGACUUUCAACAGCAAACAUGAUGACACCCUCUGCAGGAUCGAGCAUGCCCCUCUGGAUGGUUUCCCUUUCCCUUGGACCAGAGGGCAGAAAUCAGACCGGUCAGAAACUGUGGUCAAACCCAAAGAAUCUGAAGAAAUAGGUGUUGACCCGACUCACAUCAUAGUCAGAGCUGAUAUUAACUAUGAGACUUCUACGGAUGUGACUAUGGUCUGACCACAUCACACA